AUAUGACAUUGGCCGUAUCAAAAGUCGCUAGAUAUAAAAAACGGGUAAUCUCGAUCGUGUUCCUAGUUGUUUACCGAGCGUGAACGCAGGCGGAGAUUAGCGGAGGGAGCACCGGGCGAAGAAGGGAACAUGGCACUCAAGUUCGCAGCGAAUCUGAACUUUUUGUUCACGGAGAGGGCGGCGACGAUCGCGGAGCGGAUCCGCUUGGCCCACCAAAGCGGAUUCCGGGCGGUGGAGAUCCCCUAUCCGGAGGGCGAAACCGGCGACGUGGUGGCCGCCGUUAAGGAGACGGGCGUGGUGGUCAGCCUGGUGAACCUGGCCUUCGACAAAACCGACGACCAGUUGCGCUUCGGUUCCACCAGUGUUCCAGGAUCGGAGAAGCUCUUCCGCAGCCAAUUGGAUGCCACCAUCGAGUUCGCCCGCCAGGUGAACUGCGGCAAGAUCCAUCUCACCGCUGGACUCUUGAAGGCGGGUGGCCAGGAGAGUGACUACACCAAAACGUACACCUCGAACCUGAAGAUCGCCGCCGAUAGCUUAAAGGCCAGCAAGAUGGUCGGCGUGAUCGAGCCAAUUAACAAGUACGCCGUUCCCGGUUAUUUCAUGAAUUCGUAUGCCAAGGCCGCUGGAGUUCUGGCCGCCGUUGGAGCGGAGAACAUCCGGCUUCUGGCCGAUCUCUACCACCUGCAGCACCUGCACGGCAACGUGUCCAAGACGCUCGAGGAGUACAAGGCCCUCAUUGGUCACUUCCAGAUCGCCCAGGUGCCGCAUCGCCACGAACCGGAUGUCUCCGGUGAACUGGACUACGGCUACGUGUUCAAGGCUCUCCAAGAAUUCGGUUACAACGACUGGGUGGGCUGCGAAUACAAGCCCAAGACGACAACUGUUGAGGGACUGGGAUGGGUCUCCAAGCUGGGCUACACACUCUGAUCAGAUCAAGCGGACUCCAAGGAUUGCAUUUACGCACAUGUAUUUACACUUUUUACAAAACAUAAAGCUGGUUGAACCAAUGUA